GAGAGACUGAAAUGGGUCAAAAUCCUCCCCAAAAUGGGUCAAAAUUUCAUCUUGAAGUGGGUCAAAAUCUACCCUGAAAUGGGUCAAAGUUUCCUCUGGAAGUGGGUCAAAAAUGCAGCCGAAAAUGGGUCAAAAUCCAGCCUGAAACGGGUCAAAAAUUCACCCCCAAAUGGGUCAAAAAUGCACCCUGAGAUGGAUCAAAAUCCAUCCUGAAACAAAUCCAGUCCAUCUCAAAAAGGGUGAGAACCCACCCUGAAACAGGUGCAAAACCCAUUCUGAAGGGGGUCAGAAUCCCUCCUGAAAAUCCCCAAAUCCACCCUGAAAUGGGUACCAAAACCCGUUUUUUCCCCCAAAGCUGCCACCAUGUCGCUGGCACACCUCAGCUUUGGGGAUGUCAUUUUUGGGAAUCCUGUUUUUGGGCCCAAAUCCUGCUUUUUUUCCCCCCUUUCCAUGGCACAGCCCAGCUUUGGGGAGGCCAUUUUCGGGGAUGCAGUUUUUGGGGAUGCUGUUUUCGGGGAUGCCAGUUUUUGGGUCCAAAUCCUGUUCUUCCCCGCAGAGCUGCCGCUGCCAUGUCCCCGGCACACCGCAGCUUUGUGGAUGCCGUUUCUGGGAAUGCCAUUUUUAGGUCCCAGUCCCGUUUCUGGGUCCUAAUCCCGUUUUGGGGUGCCGGUCCCAUGUUUGGGUCCCAAUCCCAUCGGAAAUCCCAUUUCUGGGUCCCAGUCCCAUUAUAAAUGCCGCUUUCGGGUCCCAAUGCCGCGGUUUCCCCCCAGAGCAGCCCCACCAUGUCGCUGUGCCGGCGCGGGGCCGCGGCCGAGCCCGAGGGCUGCGGGUUCCCGGCGGGCGCGGGGCUGAAGGUGCUGCUGCACUGGAGCGGGGACGAGGAGCGCGAGCGGUGCCGGGUGUACGGGCAGGGGGCCCUGAGCGCCGAGGAGAUCUGCAUCGACCUGGCCCGGAGCCUGGGAAUUACCCCGCUCUGCUACAGCCUCUUCGCCCUCUACGACCCCCAGAGCCGGAUCUGGCUCCCUCCCAACCACCAGUUCCACAUCGGGAAGGACACCAGCAUCAACCUGAUCUUCAGGAUGAGGUUUUAUUUCCGGAAUUGGCACGGGAUGAACAACAAGGAGCCUGUGGUUUUCCGGAAUGUGCCGCGCUCGGGGGAUUCUCCGGAGGAAAAACCUCCUGGAGGAGCUUUACUGGACAGAUCCUCCUUUGAGUACCUGUUCGAGCAGGGAAAAUUCGAGUUCAUCAACGACGUUGCCUCCCUGAAGGAUUUCCAGACCGAGCCGGAAAUGCAGAAGUUCAAGAACGAGAGCUUGGGGAUGGCCGUGCUGCACCUGUCCCACAUCGCCAUCAAAAAGGGCAUUUCCCUGGAGGAAGUGGCCAGGAAGUACAGCUUCAAGGACUGCAUCCCGCGCUCCUUCCGCCGCCAGAUCCAGCAGAACAACUUCCUGACGCGGUUCCGCAUGAAGAACGUGUUCCGGCGCUUCCUGCGGCGCUUCCAGCGGCACACGGUGGCGGCGGGCAGCCUGACGGAGCGGGACGUGAUGUACAAGUACCUGGCCACGCUGGAGCAGCUGGCUCCCCGCUUCGGGAGCGAGCUCUUCCCGGUGCUGGCCCUGGAAACGGCGGCCGAGGGCGAGAAGGGGCCGUUCUGUGCCAACGGGGGCUGCGCGGAGCCCGAGCAGCCGCUGCUCCCCCGCGAGUGCCCGGUCACUCACCACGUGCUGGUCACCGGCACCGGCGGCAUCCAGUGGAGGCCGGUGCCCGCAGAGACCAUGGAAGGCCUCUCCCAGCGUGGAUAUUUUGGGAGGAAGAGCAAGAACAAGGAGCUGGAGGCGCAGCCUGCGGAGCGGAGCGAGCCCCCCUGGUGCCAUUUCUGUGAUUUUCGGGAAAUCACCCACGUGGUGGUCAAGGACUGCAGGAUCAGCAUCCACCGGCAGGACAACAAGUGCCUGGAGGUGCUGCUGCCCUGUCCCAGCAGUGCCCUGGCUCUGGUGUCACUGGUGGACGGAUAUUUCCGCCUGACAGCCGACUCCAGCCAUUACCUGUGCCACGACGUGGCCCCGCCGCGGCUGCUCCUGAGCAUCCACAACGGCAUCCACGGGCCCAUGCAGGAGGAGUUUGUUUUUGCCAAGCUGCGCCGGGAGGAGCAGGAGGAAGGGCUCUACAUCCUCCGCUGGAGCGUCCUGGAUUUCAACCGCAUGAUCCUGUCCGUGCUCAAGAGGAGCCACCAGCAGGCUCCUGGCACGCCGGGAGCCUUCAAGUUCCGGCAGUUCCGGAUCCAGAAGAAGGGAGAGUCCUUCGUGCUGGAGGGCUGGGAGCGCGAGUUCCCCUCGCUGCGGGAGCUCCUGGACGUGCUCAAGGGCUGCACGCUCCGAUCCGGCGAGGAGAACUUCACGGUCAAGAGGUGCUGCCCGCCCAAGCCGGGAGAGAUCUCGGACCUGCUGAUCACACGGAAGGCCAAGGACAACGGGAAGCAGAUCCUGAACCUCACCCAGCUCAGCUUCCACCAGAUCCGCAAGAACGAGAUCACCCAGCGAGCCCACCUGGGCCAGGGCACCCGGACCAACAUCUACGACGGGGUGCUGAGCGUGUGUGGGAGCUCCGGCAACGACGACGAGGCCGAGUAUUUCUGCACGGAGCAGAACAACAACGGGCGGGAGAUGCACGUGGUGCUCAAAGUGCUGGACCCCAGCCACAGGGACAUCGCCCUGGCGUUCUUCGAGAGCGCCAGCCUGAUGUCGCAGGUGUCCCACGUGCACCUGGCCUUCGUGCACGGCGUCUGCGUGCGCGGCUCCGAGAACAUCAUGGUGGAGGAGUUUGUGGAGCACGGGCCCCUGGACGUGCUGCUGCGCAAGGAGAAGGGCAGGAUCUCCGUGGGGUGGAAAAUCACCGUGGCCAAACAGCUGGGCAGUGCCUUGAGCUACCUGGAGGAUAAGAACCUGGUGCACGGGAACGUGUGUGCCAAGAACAUCCUGCUGGCCAGGAAGGGGCUGGAGGAUGGAUCUGUGCCCUUUGUGAAGCUCAGCGACCCCGGGGUCAGCUUCACCGUGCUCUCCCGGGAAGAGCGCGUGGAUAGGAUUCCCUGGAUCGCCCCGGAAUGCAUCCGGGAUGUGGGGAACCUCAGCACGGCCUCGGACAAGUGGAGUUUUGGGACAACGCUCCUGGAAAUCUGCUUCGAUGCCGACGUCCCGCUGAAGGAGCGCACUCCCUCCGAGAAAGAGCGUUUCUACGAGAAGAGGCACCGGCUGCCGGAGCCUUCGUGCCGGGAAUUGGCCUCGCUGAUCUCCCGGUGCCUCAACUACACCGCGGUGGAGCGGCCGUCCUUCCGCACCGUGCUGAGGGAGCUGACCCGGCUGCAGCCGCACCAUCUCGUGGACGUCACGUCGGUGAAUCCCGAUUUCCCGGUGUCGGAUCCCACCGUCUUCCAGAAGCGGUACCUGAAGAAAAUCCGGGAGCUGGGCGAGGGCCACUUUGGGAAGGUGAGCCUGUGCUGCUACGACCCCACCAACGACGGCACCGGGGAGAUGGUGGCGGUGAAAUCCCUGAAAUCUGGGAGCAGCCCCCAGCUCCUGAGCUCCUGGAAGAGGGAAAUCCAGAUCCUCAAGACCCUGUACCACGAGAACAUCGUCAAGUACAAGGGCUGCUGCAGCGAGCAGGGGGACAAGGUGGUGCAGCUGAUCAUGGAGUACGUCCCGCUGGGGAGCCUCCGGGAAUUCCUGCCCAAGCACCCCCUGAGCCUGUCCCACCUCCUGCUCUUCGCCCAGCAGAUCUGCGAGGGCAUGGCCUACCUGCACUCCCUGCACUACAUCCACCGGGACCUGGCAGCCAGGAACGUGCUGCUGGAGAACGAGCACGUGGUGAAAAUCGGGGAUUUUGGGCUGGCCAAGGCCGUCCCCGAGGGCCACGAGUACUACAGGGUGCGGGAGGACGGCGACAGCCCCGUGUUCUGGUACGCCCCGGAGUGCCUCAAGGAGUGUAAAUUCUACUAUGCCUCGGAUGUUUGGUCCUUUGGGGUGACCCUCUACGAGCUCCUGACGCGCUGCGACCCCGGGAGCAGCCCCCCGGCCAAAUUCCUGGAGAUGAUCGGGGCCACGCAGGGGCAGAUGACAGUGCUGAGGCUGAUCGAGCUCCUGGAGAGGGGGAAGAGGCUCCCCAUGCCCAGGGAUUGUCCCUGCGAGGUUUACCGGCUGAUGAAGAACUGCUGGGAGGCCGAGGCCUCGUUCCGCCCGGCCUUCCCCAACCUCGUGCCCGUCCUGAGGAGUUUCCAGGAGAAAUACCGGGCUCAGGCCCCCUCUGUCUUCAACCUCUGCUGAGGGGGGACCCCAAAAUACCCUGGGACUGGGGGGAAAACACCCCCAAAAAAUUCCUAUGGGAUAGGGGUGGGGGAACCCCAGAAAAUCCAAUGGGACUGGGGGGAGAAAUCCCAUAAAAAUCCCAUAGAAUGGCUGGGAAAAAUCCCAAAAAAUCCAUGGAAUGGGGAGGGGAGAAACCCCAAAAAAAUCCCAUGGAAUGGGGAGGAAAACCCCAAAAAAAAAUCCAUGGAAUGGAGGAAAAAAAUCCCAUGGAAUGGGAGGAAAGCCCCAAAAAAUCCCAUGGAAUGGGGUAGGGGCUAAAAUCCCCAAAAGAAUUCCAUAGAAGGGGAAGAAAAAACUAAAAAAAAAAAUCAUGGAAGGGGUAAAGGACCCCAAAAAAUCCAUGGAAUGAGGGGGAAAACCCCCAAAAUUUAAUUAAAUGGAAGGAAAAAACCCCCAAAGUUCCAUGGGAAGAGAGGGUAUCCCCAGUUCCGGACCCAACCCCUCAAAAUUCCUGAUAUUUUCUCUCCCCCUCCCACCAAACACUGUGAACGAGCUCUGGGGCCGGAGAUUUUGGGGUGAAAAGGGGGAAUUUGUGGAUUUCUGGAAUUGUUGCCUUAUUCCCAGCCCCAUCCUCUCUCCCAGUUUGGGGCUGGGGUCGUUUUUGGGGGGUGGGAGGGGCUGGAUCUCCUUCCUGCUCUCCAGGAUUUGGGGCCUUUUCCCAAAAAAAACCCGAAAAAUGGGAAUUCCAUGAAAAAAACCAAACCAAACCAAACCUGGCACUUUAUCGGGAUUUUGGGGAAUUCCCAAAAAUUCCCUUAUUUAUUGCCUGCUGUGCCCUCCCCCCCAGGAGCUGGGGGGGAUUUGGGGGAAAUCCCCUGGAAUUUGGGGCGGGGGGUUGGGGUUUGGGGG